UGCUGGACUCAGACACUCAAAGGCCUUGAAGGCGCUCGGCGCACCGGAAGCUCCCCGCGGCCGCGACCGCCGCCUGGGCCUCCCCUGCUCCCCGCGGCGCCCGGAACUCAGCGCGAUCGGCCGCGGCCGCCCAGGAGACUUGCCAUCUGGUUGGUGUGUGCCCGCUUGCCUGUGGAACCCAGAAGAGUUAGAUACCCCUGAAGUUGGAGUUGCAGGUUCACAAAAAUGGCCAAAAGAAUUGCUGAGAAGGAAUUAACGGAUAGGAAUUGGGAUCAAGAAGACGAAGCUGAAGAGGUGGGAACAUUCUCAGUGGCCAGCGAAGAAGUCUUGAAGAAUAGAGCCAUAAAAAAGGCAAAGCGUAGAAACAUUGGAUUUGAAUCUGAUAGUGGAGGUGCCUUUAAAGGUUUCAGAGGUUUGGUUAUGCCUUCUGGAAGUGGACCAUUUUCUGGAUUUGGUAGUAGCUCUGGAGGGAAGCCUCUGGAAGGACUGACAAAUGGAAACAGCACAGCCGGCACCACGCCCUUCUCUAGUGCAAAGACAGCAGUGGAGCCUAAAGCAUCCUUUGGUUCUUUUGCUGUGAAUGGCCCUGCUACCUUGGUGGACAAAAAGAUUUCCAGUCCCAAAUGUAAUAGCAGCAAUCAGCAGCCCUCCCCUGGCCCUGCUUCCAGUACUGCCUGCACUGGGAAUGCCUAUCACAAGCAGUUGGCUGGUUUGAACUGCUCUGUUCGGGACUGGAUAGUGAAGCAUGUGAAUACAAACCCACUCUGUGACCUGACGCCCAUUUUUAAAGACUACGAGAGAUACUUGGCAACGAUCGAGAAGCAGCUUGAGAACGGAGGCGGCAGCAGUUCUGAGAGCCAGACUGACAGGCCGACGAUUGGCGUGCAGCCUCCUUCCCUUUUUGGUUCAACAAAAGUACAGCAAGAGUUACCGUUUUCGUUUCAUGGCAGCAAAGUGGAGGACACAUCUGAAAAGGUGGAGUUUACAGCAGAAAAGAAAUCGGAUGCAGCACAAGGAGCAACAAGUGCCUCGUUUAAUUUUGGCAAGAAAAUUGAGAGCUCAGUUUUAGGCUCAUUAAGCUCUGGCUCCCUAACUGGGUUUUCAUUCUCCACUGGAAACUCUAGUUUAUUUGGUAAAGAUGCUGCCCAGAGUAAAGCAUCCCCUUCACUGUUUUCUGCUAAAACAUCAGAAAGUCAAGCAGGAGGCAGCAGCAGUGAAUGCAAAGAUGGCGAUGAAGAAGAGAAUGAUGAGCCACCCAAGGUGGUAGUGACUGAAGUGAAGGAGGAGGAUGCUUUCUACUCCAAAAAGUGCAAACUAUUUUACAAGAAAGACAAUGAAUUUAAAGAGAAGGGUGUGGGGACCCUGCAUUUAAAACCCACAGCAAGUCAGAAGACACAGCUCUUGGUGCGGGCAGACACCAAUCUAGGCAACAUACUGCUGAAUGUUCUGAUUCCACCCAAUAUGCCAUGCACCCGAACAGGGAAAAACAAUGUCCUCAUCGUCUGUGUUCCCAACCCCCCACUCGAUGAGAAGCAGCCCACCGUCCCGGUCACCAUGCUGAUUCGGGUGAAGACUAGUGAGGAUGCGGAUGAAUUGCACAAGAUUUUACUGCAGAAAAAGGACGCCUGAGCACUGAGGCUGACCAAGGAAUGUUGCCACAUUGCUGCUUCCCCGCUGCCCCCUAAACUUAGUCACAUUCUUUCCUCUUCUUACUGUGACAUUCUGAGAACUUCUAGGUAACUUGAAACUUUUGUGAGGAAGAUUAAGGCCAAUAAAUCCUUUCGGUGUGUCGAAGCUCUUCUCCCUUCCUGAGAACUAAGCAAAAUACAUUGGAGUGAAAAGUUUGGGAAGAUUUUUUUUAAUGUUCAUUCACUGAGUAAACUAACCUAAGUGAUUCUUACUGGACUGCAUCAGGGUAUCAGUUAGCUCUCCAAAGGCUCCCUCAGACAGCUGUGGGCUCUGCUCUUCUGCCUGCCAAGGGGGACCUGUGGCGUUAUCCCACAGCGCUCCAGAAGACACCCGUCUGCUCCCCUCCUUUGGGCUUGUCUGACCCGUGGUAGCACUUCUGCCAAACACUACGCCACCACACUGUGACCAAGCUUGCCCUGUUUCCUUCUGAGCUGAACUGUGGGUACUGGGUGUCUGUCUGUCAUCAGCCUGUUCUUCGCAGGUGCUGGCCUUUGACCUGGGGCUGUUUGAUCCAGGAACUGCCUUUUCAUGGAAAAGGACAUGAGUGGCUCGUGGGGAGCUGGCGCUUUAGAGACUGGGUUUUGUAGUUUUUGCUCAUGAGGUGCUCUUACUUGUUUACCUCCCUCAGUUAACAUGGGAGGGGGCUGUCAGGAAUAAUGGAUUUUAAAAGCACAAAUUUGCUAAUGUUUUUAUAUCGUUUAUACCAUAAACAAGCCUUUAUUUUAAAAUGAAAAAGUGAAACCAUGCUGAAAAAAAAAAAUGUGUGCUCAUGGCCGUUUGUUCCCUGGUGAGCCCUGGCGGGCACAGCCUGAAUGAAGACUUCUUAGGAGCCAUGUGCUCAUGGGAAGCAAGAGUACAAGCAUGGAAAACUGGUUGGGCCUAUAGCUUCAUACGGCAGCAUGUUAUUUGGCAUCUGAAAAACCCAUUUUUAUUUUUUUUAAGGAUGAGGUGGUAUUGAGUAUGUCCAUUUGGAAGAAAGCCGUGGUUCUGCACGGGCCAUUCAUGUCACUUCAGAGCUGUGAGGUUACUGAUACCAUUCUCUGAAGACCAGACACUUGAGUUAAAUGCAAGAUUUGAUGACAAGCUGGUCAUGGUUCAUGCCUGUAAUCCCAGUGCUGGAAAAGCUGAGGCAGGAAGAUUGUAUGAGUUCACAACAGCCUGAGGUACAUAGUAAAACACCAUCUCCCCUCCUUCCCUCCACCAAAAAAGAUAGAGUUCCAGUUUUCAUUCCUUAUAAAACCAUUGACCACUAGGACCAGAUCUUAUCUGAAGGCUCAGGGACAGUGCCCAGGAGUGCGUACUUGAGUGCUCAGAUAGUAACACACGUGUCUGACCUGGGCAAACAGUCACAAAAACUGGGUGGUGCACAGUUGCUUUCUUAAAACUAAUGCCAGAGGUGGGGAAGAAACCUGGUUAACAUUUUCAUAUGCCGUCUGUCUUACUAUGUAGCCCGGCUAGCCUUGAACUCAGAUCCACCUGCCUCUGCCUCCUGAGCCCUGUGCUAGUCGAGUAGUCUUAAGGCGGGAUGGUAGGGUUUAUUAAUGGGUGUCACAAUGAUCUGGUGAGCAUUUUGGCAUGUAUCUAUAGAUGUGUGCUUUUGCUUGUGCUCUGGACCUGAGGUGCUGUGCAUCUAUUUGCCUUUCAACAUUGAGAAUUGGUUUCUAGCAAGCAAGUUGCUGCUUCUGUUACCACUGGCCCUGCCCUGUUCACGUUGGGUUUGCCCAGCUUUCCAAAGAUGAAAUGAGGGAAUGCAUUUCAGAACAGUACCACGGAGCCACAUGCCCAUGAGGUUGGCCAGGGACAGACUCCUGUGCGCUUUCAGGAACUUCUCCAUGGUGGCAGUGCUCCGUGAGCAUCUGCCCAUGCCUUGAAUAUUUACCAAAUGAAUAAAAGCAAAAAAGGUCAUUACUGGAUUGCCUUUUAAGCUCCCCAGCCAGUUUUAAUUGUAAAUUAGUGGGUGUGGUUUUCUCUUUCCUAACAUUCCCAGCAAAGUUUGCUGCUAAGACUAUCACUUUUGGAAGGAAGAAUUACAGGGGAGAUGUGGUGUGACCAUAACUCAGUAUGUCUUGUCUUUGUGCUUUAGGAGCUGUCUCAGUGCUCUGCAUUUAACACAGUGUGGAGUCACUGAAGUUUGUGAGUCACAGGAAGGCCUCUUGAGGGCUCUCUGUUCUCCCUCACUGUGUUAGUAGCUGGUUCCAACCCAUGGCUUAGACUUCAUUUAUGUUUUAAUAUGUUAGAAGCUUGCCUGUUGUAUGUUUAAUGUGAACUGAGGUGUUUAUCUCCAGUUUGAAAAUCUAAAGCCGAGUCUUAUACUUGCCUGAAGGAAGUGUGUGUUCUCUGUGGUCAGGGUGCAUCUAGACAUGCUAAGCCUGGGCCUUCCCACACUGUAGCUCACGCUUUCACACAUUCCCAGCAAGCGAAGUCUCAGCCCCGCGCUGGCCUCGCACUGUAUGGGCUGUGACUGUCCGCAACAAGUCUGACUUUUGGGCUGAUUUUCUGUUUAAGCAUUUCAGUUCUAAAUCCUAUUUUUACAUGCUGUGUGCCAAAAAAAUAAUACCUGCUGUGGCGUAAAGGGGCAGGCCUACUUUGCGGUCAGGGUUCCCCCCACCCCACAGCCUUCUCUGUCUUUUGAAGGUUAUGGGGUCUGUUCUGGCCAGACUGCUCACUAUGUUGUUACUAUUUCUAAGGAGGAAAAGCAGCCCCUUGACGCUACAGAGCACCUACUCAGACCAAGUGUCAUUCUGGAAGUAGGACUUUAAAGAAAUGACCUGUUGUAGGUGAAAUGGGAGUUCCUCAGGGCAUCUUCUGGCCCCAUGCUCUGUACACGGCCACCGUGUGUUUUUCCAGAAGCAAUCAGACUGAGAACUGUCCUUUAACAGAUUUGUAAAGGGGUGUAAGACUUCUUAGCGAUCACACAGAAUAAUCUGCUUUUACCUUGAACAGGAAAUUGUUUUCUAAAGCUAAAAUACUUGAAUUGUCAGGCAGUAUAAUCUCAGUGUGUGUUAGAUUUGAAUGAGCCUUUGAGGAAGUGUAACAAUCCAUGAAAUGUGAAUAAAUGGGAAGUUAAAACCA